CCACAGCAUUCUCCAUGUAAGUAAUCCCGGAGACUUUGCAAGGAUUACUGAUUAAUGAUUAUUAUAAAAGCACGUUCGCAGUGUAGACCAUAUUACUUAGUGCAAUAUGCUUCGACAGAAAAUACUUUUAUUUUCCAUCUACCUGUUGGCAUUCUCUGCCAGUUUAGUUCUGACACUUCCACCCGGAGCGUCAUCAUGGACAAGCUUUGUAUCCAAACCUGUUUAUUCGCGAGCCCUUGGACCUCCGAUAGGAAUGGACACGAUAUCCGUGCCUUACGCACCGAAAUCUCCAUUCUUCCCGAAGUUUGUAGAUCCGAAGACGUUAAUCUCUAAGAAAACGGAUAUGCUAAGCAACUUGUUUGGUGGUUUAGGACCAGUGGCAUAUAAUGUGGCAGAUACCAAGCCGAUAUCGUAUGGCGCGAGUGGACUCCCUUUAGAUAACACUGAUAGCACAAAUGCAUUAUUUAAUAAACGAGAUAUAAUACAAGGUGGUAAAGAGGAUGCGAUUGACAAUAGCGGUAUACAUAAACGCGGUAUAUUUGGUCCAUUCGCUUCAAAGUUUGGUCCGAUGGGUCCAAAAUUCGGGUCCGUUACGUCAUUCUCAUCGCCAGAGAUAAUGUCCGAUUUGAGCAACACACCCUUUUCUUUCAAAAGAAGAAGCAUAGAAACGCCUACUUCCGCAGGCGACAUCAAUUCCAUUCCAAGCUCUUAUCCAAAAGAUCCACAAAUAGUAGAAAAUACAUCGACAACAAAAACAGCCGCCAGUGAUAAGCCAAAGGAAUAUUUGCCGGGAAUAUUCGGACCUUUUGGACCAGGUGGGCCUUUCGGAUCAGGUGGGCCUUUCGGACCAGGUGGGCCUUUCGGACCAAGUAGCUCUGUCGGGCCAAGUGACUCUUUCGGAUCAGUGAUGGAUCCGAGCACGUUCACUGCGAAGAAGUCAGCGUUCCUAGAUACGCUCUUUAAAAAUCUUGCCACUAGCACUCCAGCAACAACGACUGAAAUACCCACCCCGAAGAGCACUAUAGUACCAGCCAGCUUUUGGUUACCGUCUUCCGUAAUUCCCAGCCCAACUGAAUACACGCAAAAGGUGUCGGACUUUCUGGAUAAGCUCUUUGACAGUAUAAAGUUAAAUACGACUGCAGAAGAAGCAGAUGAUAGUUCAAAAAGUAAUUAUAUGAGAUCCCUUAAAUCUGAUGAUGUUUUAUCGAAUAAAUAUGCAAGAUCUUUGGAUGAUGCAUCGUCCAUCGCGGCUGCUAAAGACGCAGUCGUUGAUAUUAUACUAUCGGAGCUUGGCAAUCUAAAAAGCGAUAUGAUAGCAACUCUGAAUGAUUUAAUAGCAUAUGAAAAAACCGCGGCAGCCACCGCAGCUACGGCAAAAAAACCUUUUAAACCUUUCUCCGGUAUAUUUCCAUUUGCGAAACCAACAGUAGAUCCAACGCUUCCUUUUCAACAGAGAAUGGCUGUGCUUAGUCAAGUAUUCGAUAUGUUAACGGAUCUGCAAAAAAACAUUACCGCGGUUGCGAAGAGUGCGACUAACGCUAGUAUUUCGGACAGUUCGGAGGAAUUGCCAAGAAUUCCAUUAACUGACAACGCUUCACCGAUUAACAACACUCUCUUAACUGCUAUUCUGAAAAAAAUAUCUAUCAUUGAGCCUGUAACUACGGCUUCUUAUCCGGCAAGUCCUGUCAAAGAAAAUCCUAUAAUGAGUAGAGCUCUGCCCCAAGAGCCAACAUCUUUCUGGGUAUCUUAUCCGGAGAAUUCGGCAUCUGCUGUAAAACGACAAGUGGACGACGAUUUGCAAUCGUAUUUGGAAUAUGAAAACGACAACAAUCGGCAUAAUCCUAGACAAUAUACAAGAGGCGUAAAAAUGCAGAUGCAUCAGGGAUAUCAGAGUCUACCCGCGGGCUCGGUUGAGUCUGUACAAGCCGGGGGAGGUUCUACACCGGGGCAUCAAGGAGGAGGGAUUAAGUUGCUGGAGCCUAACUCUUAUGGAAAUUUGAACAAAUGGGCUGACUGGAUGCAGUAUGACAAGAAUAUAUAUCAAGAUCAUAGGCACCAUCAUAAUCAACAUUAACCCAGCCAGUAGGAGUACUUCUUUCAUCAUAUAUUUACAUGAUUGGAUCUCAAUGAAAAAUCUUUUAAAAAUGUUAUUAUUCGAAAUUCCAUAUAAAUAAACGUGUACGAUUAAACGUUCUUCAAUAAAAUAUAUGUGGCAAAAGAAGGUAAAAAAAA